CUAGCGGCCGUGGGCCGAUGUCGGCGGGCUGCGAGCGGCUGCGCGACCGGCACGGCGCGCGGUGGACCCUGCCGUUCCGGCCGCCGCUUUGCCUCGCGUGCGCCGUGGAGACCUUGGGCGAUGGCGGAGCCUCGCUGGUGCGGAAGAAGCACGCGCUGUCCCGUUUGCGCGAUGCCCUGGCGUGGCAGGCGCUGCCGGUCGUCCAGCUGCUGGCUCCAGACGAGAGGGGCUGCCUCUGUCUGAUAGGAACGCUCUUCGGGAUGUGUCAUGCAGUAGAAGACAGCGAUGCGCAGGACCAGUUUGGAGAAGUUCUUGUGCAGCUUAUAGUGGAGCUGAAGUCAGAGCAGUACUUGCGCUGCAUUCUGGACGAAAGCCAAAAAGAGCUGUGCAAAGCAGCUACCAGGAGAGGCAGCCUGCCCACAUUCACUCUCUUGGGCAAGCUAGCAGAUGCUGUCCCAGGCUUUGCUGACAUACUGGUGGUGGAGCACAGUAAUUUAGUGGAUCAUCUGCUGGUGGGCUUGAUGUACCCAAAUGAAGGUGUAAAGGCUGCUGUCUGUUACUUGUAUGGCAAGCUGUACUCCUCUCCUGUUGGCACAGAAAAGCUCUCAGCACACUUUGAAGAAAGGCUGUGUGGCCUCUUCUUGAAUACUUUUGGCCAUGCGCAGACAAAGGAGCUGCAGGUUAAUUGCUUGGGUUUGCUGAAGGAGCUGCUGAAAUCUGACCGUUUUGUAUCCAUUCUUAUGAAUAAUUCAAAACCAGAAGAAUCUGAAAACCCUGAUUUGUUAGAAGGGGAAAAUCCACUUCCACUCAUUCUCAAAAAGCUUUUGUUGACCAGAGAUGAGAUGUUACAGGCAGCAAGCUCUCACUGUAUGGCUGCAGUGCUGGUUCACUCUCCCAGCAGAUAUGCUCCUGCCUUUAUCCAUGCUGAUGUCCCAGAAUUCCUUUUUGAGUGCCUCAUGUGCAGCAGUGAAAUUCUCAUCUGGUCAGUGUAUUGCUCGCUGCUUCUCCUCACCGAAGAGCGCCUUUUCUUCUCCAAGUGUCACACAGUGUAUGGCAUAGAAUCUCUGGUGAGAAGUCUCCAGGAUGUCCUGCAGUUGAACAAUAUGGAGUUACACAAGCAAGGGCUCCUGCUCUUCACUGAAAUAGUGAAACGGCAACCGGUGGAGAUUAAAUUAUUCACGAACCGAGGUAUAUGUAUAGAUGCCAUUGAUGUUUUGAUGAAGACAGUGGACUGCCCAGUGCUGGAGGUGGUAGUGGAGGCUGUGAAAGCUGUGGCAGCUUUUCUGAGGAAGGAUCAUCUGAGCUCCCCUCCAGUCCCAUAUGAAAAUCUGCAGAAACUACUGGAGGCAGUGCUGAAGCGAUGUGUCGACCUUUCCCCACCACACAGUAGCAACAAGCAUGAACAGGGUGAUCUCCUGUUAUCGAUGUCCCAGAGCAGAGUUUCUUGGAAAUAUGGACUGCUAUUAUUCAACACUCUGGAAAGUUUCAGAAAUGCUUGCAGGUUAGCAGUGGAAUUACAGAGUGACCCCAUGGCCCAGGAGAAUGCUUUCACUGCUCCCUGCUCAGAGAGCAAGGAGACGCUGAACAACUUUUCUGAGUUCCUGUUGAGGAUCUGUGACAGUCUCUGCAUCCCCAUGGUCAUGAACUACCUGGAAACAUCUGUCAGUUCCUCAGUGAUGGAGGUUUUCAUCUCAGCACUUAAUACCCUCUUUGCAGUGGUGCCAAAUAUGAGAGAUAAGUUCUCCAAAAAGCUGGCAUCCUCCUGCUUCAUCCGACUGACACUGGAACUGAAAGCCAGAUUUUGCUCUAUACAAAGUAAUCCUGCCUUGAAUCAGGCCUGCUCCAGCUUCCUCUGCAACUUAUGCCUGAGCCUUUACUCUGCCACAGGGAAGGAGAGAACUUCUUCUCAAGAAGAGCAAGAGAUAUCUGAGCUCCUGCAGAAGAGUCUGCCUCAAUUAAACUACACAGUUGCAGAAAGCCUUCUCCUCCUGGCUGAAAACCCUGAACCUCUCUCCUUGGAUCAGUCUCUUUGCAACCACCAACAUUGCUUCAUACUCCUCUUAUACUUUGCCUACACCCUUGGAGACAGGUUUGUCCCAGAAACUGAAUUGUUUUUAGCCAUAAGAAAUUUUCUCCUGCUAGCACAGGACCACCGAGACUGGCCCCCUCCAUACGUACUCAGAGCUGUGCUUUACCUUCUUGCUGUCUGUCAGGACAAAGGCAAAGCCCUGGACUCGAGGUCACUGUGUACUGUAAAGAGGAUCCUGGAUAAUCUCCCAGAUCUGAGCUUGGUCUACAUUCAUUGUCCUCUGCUGCUGAAAUUCUUCCUACAUUACCCUGAACUUAUGGGCAGAUUUGGGCACCAGGUCCUGCAGCUCUGGUUUUCUUGGGAAGACUGCAAUCAUGUGGAGACUGAAGAAGAUGCUUUUGGCACGUCUGAUCAGCUGAACAAUGCUAACCCUUUACUUCCCAUUCUGAAGAGCAAUUCCAGCAUUUUAUUUAUUUUACUGGACCUGGUCUGCUCAAGUUCUGUGGAGGUGUCUCAGAAGGUGUUGAUGGCUCUAAGGACCUUUCUGGAAAAAAAUGAGGAUGUAUUUGUCUGUGACCUCCUCCGGAAUCAGUUCCUACAGAUUCUGCAGCAGCUACUUGUAGAGAGUAGCUCGGCCUCCUUACAAGCUAACAGGAACCUGCCCAUUUUGCUGAGCCUCCUAUUCCUGGUGCAGCUGCGGAGCAAGGGCAUGAGGGAGCUGGACAGCACAGACUUCAAGCUGCUUCACCAAGUCAGUAACCUCUGUGGGAAAUGCAGGCCGAAAGACAUAGACCUCCUGCAGCCAUCCUUGAAUUUUCUGUACUGUAGCCUUCAUCAGACAACACCUUGUAGUCAACAGAGAGCAGUGGCAGUGCUGCUCUCCAAUGUGUCCUUGCUCGAGCUCCUCCAGAAGGUUUUGGAGUGCACCUGGAUGUGGUCUUUUCCCUCUGAACCUACUUACCUGUCAUCUGAGGAUGCCUUGCUAAGCUCAGGAUGGCUGCUGGCUGCUUCCCUCUUAAUUUAUCAGCAUCGUUACAACACUGAGGUUCACCAGACACUUUCUCUAGACCUAAGACAAGUCCUGAAUGCAAUCAUCUUCAGGAAUAAGAAGCCAGUCCUGCUGUUAGUGAGCAUCGUGCAGUUCCUGAGAGCCAUUCUGCGACAGAACUUCUCCUCCCUGCUGGUGACUAUUGUCCAAAACACAGCCCAAGGUACUACACAGUCACAGCCAUCAUCACUGGAAGAUGCUGCCUUGCACCCCCUCACCAAGCAGCAGGUCUUCUCCCUUGUUGUCAGUCUGCAGAACCUUUUGGUGCAUGUCUACUUGCAGAAAGACUUGCUGCUUUCUCAAGCUGUGGUUGCCUGCCUGGAAACAUUACUGGAAUACCUGUAUGUGAGGAACCAGGAUGUUGCACUACAUGUUGCUUCACAGCCCUGGCACCGAUUCCUGCUCUUGACACUGCUCAAUGGGAGCCAGAAGUCCAUUCUGCAGCCAGAAAUUCUGAGGCUCAUGACUUUGUUUCUGAAAUAUCAGAGCAGCAAUAUCAUUUCUCAAAAAGAAAUUGGCCAGAUUCUCCAGGAAGUGGCAGAAGCCAACUUACUAGAGCUGCCAGAGGCCACAUCUCAGGCUCUUCAGCUGUUCCUCUGCCAGAUUCAGAGCAGCCAUUGUCAGGUGGAGCCAGUGCAGGCACAGACCAUUCAGACUUUGCUGGAGCACCUUCCAGAGCGGAUGAGCACCUGUGCAAAACAUCAGGACAUUGUGUAUCCUUUUGCUGGGCAAAUGCCUUUGAUAAGAAAAGUGAGGGGGGAGCUGUAACAGAAGUAGAAGGGAUACUUAAUCUGCUGCUCCUGUUUGCCAAAGGCAAACAGUGCAAAAAGUUGGCUAACUUUGAGAUGAAAUACCUCAACACUCUCAAAUUUGAGAAGACGUCCGGGAAAUGAAGAGACGUUUGGGAUGAAAGAUGGCUGUCUGUGCUGGGAUUGCAUUAAUCUGUAAGGCAGAGAUGGUGUAAUGAAAGGGAGGUAGGCUGGGGCACCUGCUGACUUCAAAGCAGAAGCGAUUCCCAUACUGAUUUCCCUGGGGGCUGAGCAGCCACUUAACCUCUGUCUGUGAGCUAACUAGCACUGCUAAGCAUGUGAAGUCUUGGCAACCCAUAGGUAACUCAAACACUUUUAAAGUACAGCAAGUGUUCAGAAACUGCUGAGUGAAGUUACUGAAUCUCUUUUUGCUUCACAUGAGCACUGGAGUCCCCUGCUGAGAACCAAAUCCUUCUUCAUGGAUGGGAGGGGCAACUCCCAGAUUUCUUUUGGGGAAAGAGGGAACCUGAUACCCCUGCUAAAUUCAGUGUUGUUUGUUUCUGAAACUGCCUUCCGGUCUUCAUCAUGCCGUGUUGCAUCAAAUAGGUAGCAGAUAUGGAACGGUCCCCAGCAAUGAUUUCCUGUUGGGUGGGGGACUUCCUCCCUCGUGUCUGCGGGGUGACACUGUCCUCCGCCAUGGGCAGCAUCUGUGGCAGGUGAGGUGUGCAUUAUCUGUGAGCAGUGGCUUGUCCUCGUGCCUAGUCCUUGUGUGACACUGCCUCUCUGCAGUUGGAAGCUGGGGGUGGAAGUUCUCAUGGUCAAGACCGUGUAAGCCACAUCAAGUUCCUCUUUGCUGGUCUGUGUAGGGGUGAGGGAGGGUGGACGAGAGUCUUUUUACAUUGCUUGAGUAGUUUGGAUACCUCUGUUUUAUUGAGAAAAAGCUUUCUUCAGGUUCACCCACAUGAACAUUCCCCAUGGGUUGGUGAGAUUCCGUGGUUUGGGAGAGAGGUAGUUUAGUACGAUGAUACUUACGGGUCUCUUCCAACUCGUGAUAUUCUAUGAUUCUACCUCCUGUCAGCACUGUGUCAAAUGUGGGAAUUCCAGUGUCAUGGUGGAUUUUCAGCUGUGCUUUCCCUUUGGUUUCCACUCAUGCCAUCGAUGACAGAUGUGUGGGCAGUGUGGCGAUAGCCCUGCCACAAUGAAGACUGAGAUGAGAAGAUGGGGUACACGCAACAGAGUGAGAGAACAGAAUGGAGACAGCAUCCUGCCAUUUAUUCCCUGCAAGUUGUAGAGAGGAAGUGGACAAAGGAAGUUAGUUUGUUGUUAAAUUUUUGUUGAAUAUCAUUCAUAAAGCAGAGUUUCUUAA